AUGUCAAAAUCUAAAUUACAGCAUUAUUUAACACAUAUUAUUAAACCUUAUGCUUAUCGAAUUGAAUUAUUUCGAUUAUCGAAUCCAUUUAUUGAUCUAAGUUUAUUACUACUGCCAAUAAUGAAAAAUUUAACUCAACUUACAACACUUAUUUUAAAUAAUAUUGAAUCGAAUUAUAUUGAACAAAUUGUAAAUCAUUUAUCUUCUUUACCUGUUUUAUCUUCAUUGAUUAUCAUAUCGAUUAAUACUAUUAAAAAUCACAAGAAUAUUUAUUAUAAAAUAUUUCGUUUACCUAUACUGAAAUACUGUCAGCUAUUAAUUGAAUUAUUACAAUGUCCAAAAUCAUUACCUGUUGCUACAAAUGAAUUUAGUACUAUCGAACAUCUCAUCAUUAAUCAUGAGAUUUCGAUUGAUCAACUUCCUAUUUUAUUAUCUUAUGUUCCACAACUACGCCGUUUAUCGAUUGGUAAUCUAAAGAAACCUAAAAUCAAUCGAACCGAAAGAGAUUCGAUAAGCUUAAAUUAUUUAACAAAUAUUUCACUUAAAUUACAUAACGUCAAUUUUGAUGAUUUUGAAAUCUUAGUAACAAAUUAUUUUCGUCAAAUUCAAGUUUUAACUAUUGCAAUACAGUAUAUUGGAUUUUAUGAUAAUAGUACACAGUAUUUAAAUGCUGAUCGAUGGGAACAAUUAAUUUCAAUUCAUAUGUUAAAUCUACGUGUCUUUGAUUUUCAACUUUCAUAUCGUGGACUAGAUUCCAACGAUGAACGUCAAGCAUUUGAAACUCUUAUCAAUAAAUUUAAUUCAACAUUUUGGAUAGAACAUCAAUGGUUCUUUGACCAUCAUUAUCAUCAGAUAACAUGA